ACGACCGCGCCGGACAUGGGGUGUUAUAGUUGCCCACUGACCACGGAUCGUGUGAAGGGAUUAUUUGUACCGGGGUCUUCAUUGCCAGCUCGGGCCUGUGAUCACAGUGAUGCAUGGACAAGGCUGGAACAGUGCGCAUGCGCCGCCCACCCCCCGGUCUCCACGGCAACAGCCGGCCCGAACCUGGCCUGCUCAGGCCUAGCCUUCGCCACUCCGAUGUACCAAUGGAUUCGCGGCAACUUCUCUUCUGUCUUCCCCACUGGGUCAGAACCUCCUCCACCUGCCGCUUCUGAACGCAACGUUGCCGGCCUGCUGAAAAGAACCUAUGAGAGUGUCCACACUUCCAAUGAUGAAAUUGAAUGGAAAUCAGUAAAGAGGCAAAAGCUGGAUUACUUUGUAAAAGCAGUUAAAAAGUCUUUAACAGGACUUGUCAGCUAUAUAAAAUCAGUGUCACCAUUUGGCUACAAGGUCAUGCAAGUAGAAUCCAAAUCCUCUGUGCAGAGGAAGUCGAACCAACAAUUGAAACAGGAACUCUCCUCCUCCCUGACUGAUCUCUGUGAUUCCAGUUCUCGGGAGCCUUUAUCAAGAGUGGAUUUAAAGUUGGAUGUUGACCAGGAGUUAGGGUGGAGGAAUCAUGGAAAUGAAAGAAAAUGGCAAGAAUUUCACAGGAUAAGGCAAAGAAAACUCUGUGAACCUUCUAGAGAAACGAGUGAGCUGCUGCCUUUUCCUCUACAGCACCGCAGCCUUCCAUCGACACCACCACCAAUCAGGAAUGAUGUCAGGUGUGGCACUCUGAACCAGCAGAGCACAGAGAAGAAUGAGAAGGAACAGUAUAAGCUCCUCCUGAGGCUAGUAGCUGCAGGAUUAGAGAAAAAGUCUGAGGAGCAACCCUCAAUUUCUGCUUCCAAAACAACACAUGUUUCAGCCAGCACCAACUGGGCAGGAUACAAAGAAAAACAAGGCAGCUUUGAAAAUGAUCCAUUAUCACUCAGAUUGGGUGAAGUAGGUCGACCCAUGUGGAGGGAAUCUUGCGCCAAAUCAACAUCGGGGAAUAUCAAUACAAGCAGGCAGAUCCACAUUGAUCAACAUUCAGAAAUCUUGGAGAACACUGGAGGAAAGACUGCUCUGACAAUUAAAGCACUUAUAGAGAAACAGCAUAUAGAUCAAGACCUAUCGCAGGAAGUGGCAGUUCGAUUGUACCUGGAUGAGGGAGAUGCCACAGCAGCUGUUGAUCUGACAACCCCUCAAACCCUGAAGGAAAAUCUAAGCGUCUUAAAAAAAGACCAGGGAGGCAAUCUGCCACAAUUUACUGAGACAAUGGUGGAGGAGGUGAGAAAGGCCCUUGACUAUGGAGAACUUGAUGAAGUGGUCAGCACUGGCUUUAAACUCAAGAUAACACGGAAAGAUAUCAGCACUCUCUGUAAUUACAGCUGGCUCAAUGAUGAGGUAAUUAACUUCUACAUGUGCUUAAUUAUGGAACGAAGUAAAGAAGCUUAUUUUCCUGGAGUUUACGCAUUUAAUACUUUCUUCUAUCUGAAACUGCACACUGGAGGUUACCAGACUGUAAAGCAAUGGACCAAAGGAGUGGAUUUAUUUGAAAAGGAUCUUAUACUGGUCCCGGUACAUUUAGGAGUCCAUUGGUGUUUGACAGUUGCAGAUUUAAGAAAAAAAUUGAUCCUUCACUUUGAUUCCAUGGGUCAGUGGAAUGAUGAUGUAUGCUGGACAUUGCUACGAUACUUGCAGGAAGAAAGCAGAAAUAAGAAAGGCCAUCAGUUGGAUUCCUCCAAGUGGGUCCUCCGCAGCAUGAGAUCUCAUGAAGUUCCACAGCAGCUGAAUGGAAGUGACUGUGGGGUAUUUGUGUGUAAAUAUGCUGAUUACAUUGCAAGAGAUGAGAAAAUUACUUUUACCCAGCAUGACAUUCCCUACUUCAGGAUGAAAAUGGUUUGGGAGAUCCUCCACAAGAAGUUACUGUGAUUUAUUGGGUUUUAAUAGGCAUCAGUGCAGAUGAGGGAUAAUAUCCUGUCUUCAGCUGUGCUGGCCUUUGUGGACCGAAGUGUACAAAUUGCACGGUUCUUCUAGGAUCUUGCAUCUUCUGCUAGAGAUUUAUUCAUAGCUAGAAUUACCAUGGUUUUAUUAUGCUCAGUGGUUGCAUUGAGGCGUUGUGAGAAUUUGAAGAUAUGACAGCAGGAAGUAUGAAUUAAACAUCUGGCCUAACUUGGUGUGGUUACUACUCGGCAAAUGUAUGGUGGAGAAAUGUGUGCUCCACCGUGCAGCCAACAACAGAGAAUUAUAAGGGCUUCUUGUCCACCUGCCCUUCCAAUACAGCAUAUAUAUAGGUUGUGAUGCCAAUACUAAAUGGAGUCAAUGGAGGAAUCUUCAUUUUUGGGGAUACCAAGUGUUGCCAUUCAAGGAUUAGCUUAUAUUACAGUGGCAUAUUCUUCCAAUACUAAAGCAAGUGCUUUUGUGUGGAAUUCAAUACUUAAAUCCUUUGGGGACAAAUCUAAUAUGUUGUGUUGAAAUUGAGAUAACUAUUUAAUAAAUUUCAUUUCUGACCUCAUUGUAAUUGAGUUGUGUUGAUAUUGUAAUGUGUGUGUAUGUGUAUGUAGGCUCGUCCUAGCUCCACUGUCCAAAUGUGUACUCUCAUCACAACUUCUCACCCUUCAUUCUCAUGUCAGUGAAUUGCAUUGAUCCUGGUUCCCUCUAUUUAAAGAAUCAUCACAUCCUGAUGAUUUUGCUGAUGCAAUCCUGGGUGUAGGCUCUAGACUAGUGUCAUUCAUUUCCAGGGCAAUCUCUUGAGAUCGAGUAAUAUUUACUUCCACAUUUGUGAGCUUUGAGGUGAUUAAUGAGGUCAAAGUGGGCAUCAUAGACCUUGCCUUUGGUGGGACAAAUGUGUAAUUUGGGAGGUGGCAUGCUUCUCUUCUCUUGUUUUGGGCUUCUUAUAUUUCCCCAAUAUGCAAGCUCUGGGUUCUCUAGCAAUCCCAAAUGCUACUUCUCUUUUGUGAGUGGUCAUUGGCGACACUUCAAAAAGGACUUAAUUGUUGAAAAAUGCUUUUGACAUCUUGAGGCAUGGUAAAGAGCUAUGUAAAUAUAAUUUUGUUUCAGUUUAUCACCUUUCAUAUCUGAACUUCCUCAAGCUCCAUGCAUUUUUCCACCUUCUGUUGGUCCUCUAGUCUGACGUUGUGUGCAUCCCUGCUAGGUUGACAUCAGCCUAAAAUCUUUCUCCCCCUUCUCUAAGAAUCACUUCAAAUCUUCUCUGCCCAAUUUAUUGUUUACCUAUUCUAAUGCCUCCAAAGAUGGUUUGGUGUCAGACUGCAUAAAUACACUCAAAUGUAAUGUAUUUUGACUGUGCAUUAAAGAAGUUGUUUUUGUA